AUGUUUCGAAGGAGGUUUCAUAUACGAAGACCCAUUUUCCUUCGCAUUGUCAACACAAUAAGUGCAACUAACCGCUACUUCCAACAACACCCAAAUGCUGCCAUGCGUCUUGGUGCUUCACCCCUUCAGAAUUGCACAACAGUUAUAUGUAUGUUAGCUUAUGGUUGUUCAGCUAAUCAAGUAGAUGAAUAUCUGAAGCUUGGUGAAAGUACUGCUAGAGAAUGCCUUGGAAAAUUUGUCGAAGGGUUAAUUGCUCAAUUUACAACUGAGUACCUUCACAAGCCAACAGUGGAAAAUAUCCGACGCCUCCUUAGAGAAGGGAAAGAUAGAGGUUUCCCUGGCAUGCUGGGAAGUAUUGAUUGCAUGCAUUGGGUAUGGAAAAGUUGUCUAGCUAGAUGGAAAGGAAUGUAUCAAGGAAGAUCUAAAACGACGAUUGUAUCUUAG